AUGGACACUCCACAACAACAAGAAGACAGAUUCUCACCACCAGAAGCUAAGUGGUGGGUCGACGGAAAACGCAUCAGACACAAAGGAUUCUGGUUCAAACCAGAGUUCAUCACUGCCUCUGAAGCCAUAAGAGAACACUAUACACCUCUUCCUUCCGACAUAAUCCUCGCCUCUUUCCCCAAAACCGGCACCACUUGGCUCAAAGCCUUAACCUCCUCUAUUCUCCGGCACAGCUCAAACAUACGCGACGACAACCAUGACCAUCUGGAUAACCUCAACCCCCACGAGGUCGUGCCCUUUUUGGAGAUCGAGUUGUUCGGUGAAAACCCAUCAAAGGACAUAACAAAGAUCUCUUCUCCUAGAGUGUUCAACACUCAUCUCCCUCUCUCAUUUUUACCAGAGACUCUCAAGACCUCAGGGUCCAAAGUCAUUUACAUAACCCGCCACCCAGCAGACACUUUCGUCUCUCUCUGGCAUCUGUACAACAACAAGUUCGGGACAGAGAUCUCCAUCCGAGAAGCGUUUGAUGACUUCUGCAAAGAUCUUGUCCCAGCCGGUCCUUACUUCGACCACGUACUCGAGUUCUGGGAAGCAAGAGACCGAGACCGUGUGUUGUUCAUCACUUACGAGGACCUGAAAGUAUAUAUUCAUUAA